AUGUAUGCAAGGGAGAUAUCGCCACCAGUUCGGAUUUCUCUGCUAGUGGUAACUCUUCUAUCGCUUGGGAUUUGUUCAGAAUUAAAAGUACGAGUGCGUUUAAGUGAUGGACUAAUUGGGGAGGAGAUUUUGGACGCCAACGGUGAGAAUGAUGCAAUUACAGUCGAGUUCAAGCAAGGAGAUGGUACUCAUAUUACUGUGGUAUUUGAUUUCAAACGGGUGAGUUAAGUCAAUAUUCUUCAAUGUAAAUAUUUACAACAGUUUUUAAAAACUCUGUAAUAUGCUGCAUUAUGUUACUACCAAUAUAUAUCCACACACACACCAUUAGGCAGUCUAUUAUAUAGAUAUCCUGGACAUUAUAUUAUAAAGGCCUAUUCAUUUUCUAUAGACCUACUGUAUAUCUAUUUAUCUAUAUGCUGCUGUGUUGCCCUACAGACAAAUAUUUUCAUAUCCCUUACGAAAAAAGAUUGCAGUCAGAGUGCAGUAUAACUGCAGUUAGAGUGCAGUAUAACUACAGUAUGCUGCAAAUACUGCAUCCAAAAUAAGUUAUUUUUACUGCAGUUAGAGUGCAGUGUAACUGCAGUACACUGCCGUUAUUCUGCAGUUACUGCCUCCAAAAUACCACAUUCGACUGCAGUUACUGCCCUUUUACUCCAAUCAUUUUUUGUAAGGGAUGAAAUAGCAAAGAAAAAUAGUCCUCUUGGACAGACUUUUGGAAUUAUAUCGUAAUUGUUAUUGUCUGUGAACAUAGGCCCAUUUAUCUUUUUGGAUUGUCCAUUAUUACAAUCAAUACAAGUGUUUGUUAAUGAGGAUUUGUGGUGAACUACCCCUGAUUGAGCAGGCAUUUGAUAUUGCCCUGGCUACUGAACUCCCUACAAUGACCAAGAAUAUCCUGACAUUACAGACACAUUCAACGUCUUAUUGACUUGUAGAGCAAUCAAGGAGUCAUACAACUAUUGUCCCCCAUUGGCAUCACUCAUACUUACAGUGAUUAGGCCUUUUUUACUGCUGUUGGAAAACUUUCCUGAAGUCCCAGUGGGCUUAUCUGGUUACAGUUAACAGGCAGGGGAACAGGACAUAUUUUCUUCUGUCUGGAUCAAGUCAAUUUGGACAGCAGCUUUCCCUCACUCCAUGCAUGUUCUUCCAAUCUACUCCUGUCAGCAUUACACAGAUUUAUGGAAAGUUGGAAUCGGUCUGAAGGCCAGCUGCCAGACUGGAGUUACUGUACAGACAGGCGAGACAGCUCAUCUUGUAGAGGAACCUGUUGAAAAGGUGCAAUAAAAAAUGAAGGGAAUAUUUGGCUUCCUAUGGUGUGUAGUGGGGGUGAAGAAAGGGGAAAGAGUCUAACUAGAGAAUAACAUCAUUAUUGUUUAAGAAGUAAAUGAGCUGUGCAAUAUUCAGAGAAUCCAGCAUCAAUGGCUGAACAUUCCAGAUGCAUUUUGGUAUUAUUUUUCAAGUGUUUUUUGCAGCUUUGUUGUUUGUUUCUGGUUCCUCCCCUAUGCCUCCCCUUCCCUCUGCAUGUGAACAGAUUAUUCAACUUUUUGGGCAACCACAAAAUACUCCUGCCUUUCAGACCUUAAUGUCAAUACCAUGACAUUUCAAGCCAUAUUACAUUUUUUACCAGACAGGAAACAAUCUGUAUCCAGUUGUGAGAGGUCUGCCCAGCUGGAGUGACGUUAAAGGUGCCCAGGAUUGUAGACAGUUGCAUACUACUGUAAUGGUGAUCAUGUGGCCCACAAGUUACAUCCACUUCAUACAUUGAACGCUAUUACAGCAUGACCUUAAGAAACCUACGUUUUUAAAACAGGAAAAUAUCCCUCUGCCUCAACCCUAGUUGAGAAAUGUAAAUCUCCCCCAUACACCACCAUACACACAUCUCCUGUUGAAUUCAUCUCAGUUCAACCAUCGGUGCAAUUCCCAAGCCAUCUGUCAUUUGUUUGGUCCCAGGUUGUGAUGGCAUGGGGAUAAGAUGAAGGGAACGGGUCACCUCUCACUUCAUCCCUAUGGGAGCUGCAGUUUGACCUGUCAUCGGAGGCUUUGUGGUGCAUUUCUUCUGUCUGUUAGUGAGAGGUAUUUACCAUGCCAACCCAGUCCCCAUGAAGAACCAGGGCGGCAGCAACCCAUGCAGGUCUUAUCAGAUUGUAUGCAUGAUGAGCCAACUACGCAUUCAUCUCCACACUCUCACCUCCAGCUAUUGGCUGCCCCAUGGAAGCUUGUUAGGUUGGAUUUCAGUUUUCUACAGGUUAGGUCAGUGCAGUUAUUGGUAAAAUACAAUCCUUUGAGAAAGUAAAAUUUUACAUUGUUUUUUGUUCAUGAUGAUUUUAUCAGUGUUGGUGUGUUCAGUAAGCAUUUUAGUCAAGUUAUGUUAUAGGGUACUUUGUUCAAGGAUUUAUAUAAAGACAUUUGAUGCUUUGGUUCAUAGACUGUAGUGAUAUUCUCAACAUGCGGCCUUAUCACUAUUUACAUAGCUUUGUUUCUGUAUCCUCUGCCGGUGUGAAUCCCUCCUAUCUUGUCGGGUGAGUCCCCAAAUCAUGUCUCACUUAAUAGGUUAAGCCCCCCCCCCCACCCCCCCAGUGAUUUCACAGUCUACGCAAAUGGAGCUACGGAGCUCCGCUUGCGUCACGUUCCAAAAAUUCAGCCUCACAAAAGUACAUAGAACUACGUAGAGAGCUAUGCAAACUAACCUCCGUCGGAUCCAUUGCGGAUUCGUUGCGUAGACUGUGUAGAGUCCUGUAGCUGGCCUGGAGUUCGACCAUAAGAAACCUGCCUUGAGUCGAGUCGUACACAGGCCCCUCCAGGAAUGCUCUCAUCCCCUCCCCCACUCUGUGUACCCCGUCCAUCUGCUCCUCUGGAUGUUCUACCGUCACAGUGGGGGAACAAGAGUUCCCCCUCCUCCUUCUUCUUGUCUUUUUUACCUCAACCACUCCACAGUUUCCCUGACCUCAUUAUCGGCAUCUCCACCUUGAGGACCAGAGUGUUUUUUGAAUCAUGGUACUUGUUUACUCAGAGGGAGGUCAACCCAAUGGGAUGGUUAAAUGAAGAGAAGAGAAGAAAAGGACUUGUUCCUUGUUCAGAUAGCCUUGUCUUCCUUUGUCUACUCAGCCAACUGGGAUGUUUACCUCGGCUUUGUGUUCUACUGGGCGUUUUAAGAAUUAGUAUGUUUACAUGCACAAUAAUUAUUCAAUAUUAUAUUAAUAUAUUAAACUGAUUAUGACAAUACUCUGAGUUUGGCAUUAUCCUAAUCAGGGUAAGGUCAUAAGCGAAGUAAGCGUCAACGGAAUGAAAAUCCUUUUUUUUUUUUGCUAUCUUUUGAAUUAUUAGAACAUGUAAACACCUUAAUCAGAGUUCAUGUAGUGUAUUUGAUCUGCGCAUGUGCUUUCACAAGCCUCCCUCUUUGGUGCGAGUGAAGUGUGUUCGGAAAUGAUAGUAGACUAUCUUUCUUAGAAAUAGUUUUCACAUACAAACGGUAUAUGUCUGAACUCAGAAUCAAAUAAGCUUCCCAAAAAUAAUAUGAUCGCUGUGAUAUAAGGAUUAUUUUGAUUGGCGAUUUUCUGCAUUUUUCAAAGUCUCAUCAGGUACAGUGCCUUCAGAAAUUGUUCACACCCCUUGACUUUUUCCAAAUGUUGUUGUGUUACAGCCUGAAUUUAAAAUAUAUUAAAUUUAGUUUUUUGGGUCACUGGCCUACACACGAUACCCCAUAAUGUCACAGUGGAAUUAUGUUUUACAAAUGAAUUAAAAAUGAAAAGCUGAAAUGUCUUGAGUCAAUAAAUAUUCAACCCCUUUGUUAUGUCAAGCCUAAAUAAGUUCAAGAGUAAAAAUGUGCUUAACAAGUCACAUAGUAUGGACUCACAUUGUGUGCAAUAAUAGUGUUAAUGUUCUAGAUGCGUUUUAUGGAACGUUGCAAGAACAUUCAUGUAUUCAGUUUUCUGAGGGUUAGCAUGAUUUUUGAAUUACUGCAUCAUCUCUGUACCCCACACAUACAAUUAUCUGUAAGGUCUCUGUCGAACUGUGAAUUUCAAAUUUUCUCAUUUACAAUGGCUCGCAAAGAAUGACACCUAUUGGUAGCUUGAUAAAAUAAAAAUAAAAGCAGACAUUGAAUAUACACCCAGUCACUACAAAGAAAGAGGCGUCCUUCCUAACUCAAUGUCGUCUUGGCAAGGAACUCCAGUGUAUAUUUGGUCUUGUGUUUUAGAUUUUUUUGUUCUGCUGAAAGGUGAAUUUGUCUCCCAGCGUCAGUUGGAAAGUAGACUGAACCAGGCUUUCGUCUAGGAUUUUGCCUGUGGUUAGCUCUAUUUCUGGAAAUCAAAUUAACAUAAUAAAAAAAUCCCCAUCAAAAUCCAUCUGUUUAACAACUCACAUAAUAAGUUGCAUGGACUCACUCUGUGUGCAAUAAUAGUGUUUAACAUUCUUUUUGAAAGACUACCUCAUCUCUGUACCCCACACAUACAAUUAUCUGUAAGGUCCCUCAGUCGAGCAGUGAAUUUCAAACACAGAUUCAACCACAAAGAGCAGGGAGGUUUCCCAACGCCUCGCAAAGAAGGGCACCUAUUGGUAGAUGAAAAAAAAAAGAUAGAUAGAGAUUGACUAUCCCUUUGAGCAUGAUGAAGUUAUUUCGUUACACUUUGGAUGGUGCGUCAAUACACCCAGUCACUACAAAGAAAGAGGCAUCCUUCCUAACUCAGUUGCCGGAGAGGAAGGAAACUGCUCAGAGAUUUCACCAUGAGGCCAAUGGUGACUUUAAAACUAAGGCUGAACGAUUUUGGAAAAUAAUCUAAUUGCGAUUUUUUGCCCCCAAUAUUGCGAUUGCGAUUUAAUAUGCGAUUUAAUUUAUUUAUCCUUUUUCCCCUACAAAACAUAAUGAAUGAUUUAAAUAUGACCAACACAAUAGUAUAUACAUUUAGUGUGAAAUGUUCUUUCCCAUAGGCUGGGUCUAUUUGUUAGAAUUAAAUUCAAACAUGUAUGACUUGAAAUAAAUGACAUUUUUAUUGAACUGCUCAUUACAGAAACAUCUGUGGCUUUGCCACUGUGCAUUUAAAUAAUUUAAACAAAGGCAUGAACUUUGUAAACACUGUGUGCAAAAGGUACAGUCUUAAGAAAAAAAUAAUUUUAAAUUGUAUGUAUCUUACUGCUCCCAAGUCAGUAACAUUUCACACAACUGAAACAAGGAAUUUGCUUUGAAAAUAUUUUGUAAAAUCAAAGUAAAUAAAGUUAUAAAUAAAAAAUGAGAAAUGCACUUUUAAUUUAGACAAACUAUUUUUUAUAAACGAUUUGAAUAUUAUAAUAUAAAAUAGAUGAGCCUCACUUAUCUCAAGUACACAACAAUAACACACCACACAGACUAAAGUUCACUACGAGUAUGGCACUGCCAGCCAUACUUAUCCAACAGUUCUGUUCUCAGUGGCUCACAGGUUUUUUGCUAAGAAAACCAGAAUAUUGACUUUUUCUGGCUUCAAGGCUGAGCGAGUGCAAGUCACAAUAUUCCCUCCUGUGCUAAAAAGACGCUCUGAGGGAGCGCUUGUAGCAGGUACACAAAGAUACUUGCGUGCCAUGGUGCACAACUGUGGGUAGCUGAUCUUGUGCACCCUCCACCAAGCCAAUGGAUCAUCUUCUCCAUCAAUGGUAGGAGUCAUCAGGUAAUUGUUUAUCUCUGCCUCUGCGACAUCUUCAAGAUUUACAGGCAAAGAAGGAGAGGCUGAACUGGUCUUGAAAAAACUGCCAAGAGACCUCUUCGUCUUUUCCCCCAAGGACUGUGCACUUUGAGGCAUCUGAACAGUUUCAGUACGAGACCUCUUCUCCUAUUAGAUGAAAACAACAGCCAUUAGUUUUCCAGUUAGAUUUUACAGAAAAUUUUUGUUUUUGUGAAAUACAUAAUUAUUUACCCAAUGAUAUGUACGUUGUGCCAAGUCUACUAUCUCUGUCUUCAGACGAGUCUUGAUAGCAGGGAUGUUGUCUGUACUGAUGUACUGUAUUUUGAACCUAGGGUCCAGGAAACAGGCAACAUCCAAAAGCUCCUGGAUGUUUGGGUCUCCAUAUUUGUUAUUGAGGUAUGCUAGGACUUUGGUUUUUAUUGAUUUAGUCAGGUCAGUGUCCUCAGCAUCUUCAGCCAGGACUGAUGUGGCAAAAAGGUGGAGAACUGGCUUGAGGUAGGAGAUGCUUACAUACUCCUCUCCAGAAAGAGCAUCAGUAAACUCCAGUAGAGGAUGCAGUGCCUUGUGAAUCGACUCCAACACGUCAAUAUCCUGCCAGGUUGGGAUAAGGGAGCGUGCAUAUCGAUCUCCAGACAAUACCUGAGAAAUGGCUUUGGCCUGUUCAAGCACUCUGGCAAUCAUCAUUUCUUUAGAACCCCAUCUUGUUGGGCACUCCGUUAUGAGGUUGUGCUCAGGGAGUUUGAGCUCUCUCUGUGCCUCCGUCAGGGCUGCUUUCUUCUUCCAACUGUGGGAAAAGUGCCCCACCAGCUUCCUGCACAGUGCUGUUGCCCUUGACACUCUGUCAUCUUUGAGUGCAUUUUCUAAAAGAAAUAAAAAGUAGUGUAUUACACACAAUUUGAGUUUUGAUACAAGGCUCUCACUAUUACACACUCAAAUUAGCUGUAAUUCUGAAAUACACACAUCCACAACACAUCCUCUCUCUCUCUCUCAAUUCAAAGGGUCUUUAUUUGCAUGUCAAUUCUCUCUCUCUUUCUCUCUCUCUCUCUCUCAUAAACACUAAAAAAACAUGUAAAAAACAAAAACAAGAAAAGAAAAAAAAUGCAGGUGGGCAUUCCACCACAGACAGACAUAUGAUAUAAGCAAGUAAAAUGAAUUUACAUAUUAGAAAAGGAGUGGAAGUAUGAAUUUAUUUAAUCCCAUCCGAUUUAUAUAAUAUCAUUUAUAUAUAUUUGUAUAUUCAGCUUUACUAAUCGACGCAUCUCUCUCUCUCGCACUCGCGCACACACACACACACACACACACACAAACACACACACACACACACACACACACACACACACACACACACACACACACACACACACACACACACACACACACACACACACACACACGAUAACUUACCAAUGGCAAGAUGUAAUCUGUGGCCAAAACAUUGGAGCCUCGUCCAUUCAUUAAGCCGCGCAGCAAGCACCAUAUUCGACGCGUUGUCCGUCGUGAUGCAGACGUGAUUCUCCUCGUGGAGAUCCCAGCUGACAAGCCCUUCUCUCAGGCCGGCUGCAAUAUUUUCCCCUGUGUGAUCGUCUGGGAAGUAGGUAGUUUGUAGGCAGCGAGCUCGGAGGUUGAAAUCUUCAUCAAUAAAAUGGACUGUAAGACUCUGGUACGGCUCAGCUGUGCGGCUUGACCACAUAUCAGUAGUGCUAGCAAAAAACUCCACCGUUUUAAGUUCCGCGGCGACUUUCUCUUUGCACUUUUUGUACAGCUCCGGUAUGGCAGUCUGACUGAAGUAUGUGCGGGAGGGUAUACUGUAACGUUUAUCAAGUGUAUGUAUUAAUGCCAUGAACCCAGGCUUGGUCACCGUGCUGAGAGGCAUCAUAUCUUUGGCUAUGAACUCGGUUAUUGUCCGAGUGAUUUCUCCGUGCCGUUUUGAAUUACGUUCAUACGGAGUGACACUUUCGAACAUUUCUGUCAGUGAUCCCUGUCUUGAGGUAUUUGGCUUGUCUCGCGCACUGAUGCUCGGCAUUUUGGUCAUACAACUGUCAUGCAUUGAUUUGUGGUAUUUUUUUAAGUGCUGAAACAGGUUUGUAGUGUUACCCCGUGAAGUAGCAAUCGGAGCACGGCAUGCUCUGCACAACACCUGACGCUGCUCAGCAUCUUCUUUUUUAAAACCAAAAUAGUUCCACACCACCGACGUGCUGUUCCUCUUCGAUAUUAAAGUAUCAGCUGUGUCAGUUUCUGACUGUUCCGUCGAGCAAGAGGCCAUUGCGCUGGACAGCAUGAAAAGUCGCGUCACGUGACCACCUCAAAUCGCGCACGUUGCGAUUAGAAAAUCGCGUUCAGUCAAAUCGCGAUAUUAUCGCGAAUGCAAUUAAUCGUUCAGCCCUAUUUAAAACCAUUACAGAGUUUAAUGGCUGUGAUAGGAGAAAACUGAGGAUGGAUCAACAACAAUUGAGUUACUCCACAAUACUAAUGUAAUUGACAGAGUGAAAAGAAGGAAGCCUGUCCCAAACAUGCAUCCUGUUGGCAAAUAAGGCACUAAAGUAAAACUGCAAAAAAUGUGGCAAAGACAUUAAACUUUAUGUCUUGAAUACAAAGCGUUAUGUUUGGGGCAAAUCCAAUACAAAUAUCACUGAGUACCACUCUUAACAUUUUCAAGCAUGGUGGGGGCUGAAUCAUGCUAUGGGUAUGCUUGUCAUCAGCAGGGACUAGGGGGUUCUUUUUAUGUGAAAAAUAAAUGGAAUAGAGCUAAGCACAGGCAACAUCCUAGAGGUAAACCUGGUUCAAUCUACUUUCCAACAGACACUGGAAGACAAAUUAACCUUUCAGCAGGACAAUAACCUAAACGCAAGGCCAAAUAUACACUGGAGUUACCUACCAACAUGACGUUGAGUGCUCCUGAGUGGCCUAGUUACAGUUUUGACUUAAAUCGACUUUAAAAUCGAUGGCAAGACUUGCAAAUGGCUGUUUAGCAAUGAUCAACAACCAAGUUGACAGAGCUUGAAGAAUUUAAAAAGAAUAAUGUGCAAAUAUUGUACAAUCCAGGUGUGCAAAGCUAUUAGAGACUUACCCAGAAAGACUCAAAGCUGUAAUCGCCACCAAAGGUGAUUUUAACAUGUAUUUACUUAGGGGUUUGAAUACUUAUCUAAUCACGAUACAUUAGUGUUUUAUUUUUCAUAUAAAUAUUUUUUUUUUCUCCCACUUUGACAUUAAAGAGUAUUUUGUGUAGAAAUUGGACAAAAAAUUACAAUCACAUCCAUUUUAAUCCCAUUUUGUAACACAACUAAAUGUGGACAAAGUAAAGGGUUGUGAAUACUUUCUGAAGGCACUGUAGCCUGAUUAUCAGAUAUGUCCAUGUAAACCACAUUAUAAGGUUAAACGUUCUUCUUGUAAAUCAUGUAAACGGUUUAAUCUUAGUAUUAUAUUGAUAUGAGUAUUCACAAUAAUCAUAGUAUUGUGUGCAUGUUGGGAUAGCCAUUGAGAUGAAAAUGAAGUCAGAGGAGCAUUGUGACAGAUGUGGGUAUAGGGUUGGAUUCAGGUCUCAUGUUCCCAGUGAAGGUCAGGUCAGGUCAGGUCAGGUCAGGUCAGGUCAGCCCUCAUAACAGACAUGACACUUGAUAUAAUAGUUACUUAUUUAUGGAUUAUCCUUAUGCCAAACGCAUAGUGGAGUUUUGGCAGCACCUUUACAUGAAGGGUCCCUUAUGCCAUGCAGUAUGUAUGUUGUUUCUUUAUCUGAAUGAAAUUACUCAGUUGUGGAACGCUUUCGACACCUAGUAGAGUCCAUGCCCCGAUGAAUUGAGGCUGUUCUGAGGGCAAAAUCGGGGAGUGCAACUCAAUAUUAGGAAGGUGUUCUUAAUGUUUUGUACACUCAAUGUAUAUUGUUUCACUAAUAUGUGAAUUUAUAUUCUGUUUAUAUUUCAUAUUUCUCUCCUGUCUCUCUCUUUUUUCAGGAUGUGAGGAUCGUCCGAGCGCUGAUCCUGGGGGAGCCGGAGCGAGGCCAGAACCAAUACCAGGUGCUGUGCUUUGUCUCGCGCCUUGAUCACCACGAGAUCAUCCCCACUGAGUCCAUGGCCCGCCUCAGACAGGUGAGCUGCUGUAUCAAACCACCACCUUCCCUCAUAAUCUGGGCCAUCAUUCCCAUACAGGGCAUAGGGAGAGGUAACUAGGGACAGGUUUUGGAUGUGGAGGAACGGUACCGAUUGUGUUAUUAUAAGAGAUGGGUCCUUCCGCGAAAGAGUGCCUUUGAUAUUUUAAGUAUAAAUUGUGCACCAAUAUUGAUUUUUAAAAGCUUGUUAUAUUACAUUAAGUGCCCUUUAAUAUAGACCACAUGGAUAAUUCAAUACAUCUCUUUUUAAUAUGAAUAAAGACUUGCUAAAGUGCCAAAAUGCAGCAUUUUGACAUGUCUCUCCGUGUACCCUCUGUGACUUCUAGGAAGACUUAACACCAACAUUUCUCCAAGUUUUCACCAUCAUUGUAAAGCCCUAGUUAUUUUGUUGCUUUGAGAAAGUCAUUUCUGAAGAUUAUUAUUUAUUUCUUGUGAUUAGUGAUUCAUUUACGUCUGUCCCUCAUUUUAAAUCAACCCUGUUACGUGAACCGAACUGUCUUUUCAAUAUAGUGAAACUAUUCCUUAUUUUUUUACAUUGAAUAUAUCAUAGUUUAAAAGCAGGUGAACUGGCUCUACUCCUUUUGGCCAUUUUCUGGUGUUUUGUGGGGGAAAACUGAAUGGAUUGAGCGUAACAUGUCAACCCUGUUACCCAUAGAUAGACAGGCUAGACAUUUUUUAACAAUUUAAAUGUUUGCACACAGCAAUCUUCCAUUCCCCCUGUCACAAAGGGAUUUAUUGUCAACCCUAUUAUGCAGUCAACCCUGUUACUUUAUGUGGCACUUAAUAGGCACUUGAUAUAGUACUUUUUAAAUUUAACCUCUUCAUGGGAAAACGUGUUUUUAUGAAGUUGAACAUGUGCUCUUUACGACAGAAUGUUAAAAUGAGGUGAAAUCCAACUUUAUUUUGUUACUUCUCAAAAGGCACCGGAUUGGUGGAACGACCCAUAUUGUGUUAUAAUGUUAUAGGGCUGGUUUCCCAGACACAGAAUAAGCCUCGUCCUGGACCUUCAAUAGAGUAUCGUCAUCACUAGCCCAUAAUGUAGAAAUGUUAUUGUAGGCAAUUUUCAUUUUCCUGCAAAAUGUUAUCUGACUUAUACGUGUCCCACCAAACUGUUUUAAUCCUCACACUAAAGUGGUGGAGCUUACUUCCAUUGCUCAAUUUAUUCUACCAGCACAACUAGUCCUUGUUUGAACUUCUUCGCAUUUUAAAAUGUAGCUGUUGUGUUGUGAUUCUACAGAAGAACCCCCACUUGGUCCGCACGGCAGAGGAGAGGCGUGGGGUGGAACACCUCCACAUGGACAUGGCGGUGAACGCGAGUCAUGUAGGGCACCUCAACAUGCUCAUCCACAAUGUGUGUAAGGAGGCCCAUGAGGGGUUUUAUACCCGGACAGCUGACACCAAGCAUUGGCUGGAUAAAGGUGAGUUUGGCUUCCAUUCAGAUUCUCUGUUAGUGUUGUUUGAGUGUUUAAAGGAACGUCUUCAUUCUAUCUAUCCUAGCUUUCUUUUCCAUAUUGUUGCCUAAGUGUCCAUAAGCUUUUGGAUGUUUGUCUGCAUAGCCAUUAAGUUCAUUGCCAUACAUUUCAACAGACAUUCUUUGAUCAAAAGUAAAAAUGUCUCUCCAGGAAUAGAGGCCAUUGAGUUUGAGCCCCUGCCCCAGACAGCGGACGUUUCUGGUCUGCAGCGAUGCCCCUCCACUCUGGACCUGUGGCAGCCAUGCGUCUGCAGCUAUCACCUGCGUCUGGAGUGGCUCCCCUGCCUGCUCAAAUACUGCCGCAGCCGCCGGGGCGCGGCUGGAAAGGCCAACCCCUACAAGUGUGGCAUCAGGAGCUGCAGCAAGGGCUACCGCUUUGACUACUACGUCCCCCAUAAACAGCUCUGCCCAUGGGACGAGGAGACCUAAAGCAGCUGGUUUUGCUCCUAGUUCUUUCCUAGAAGACAUUUAGCCUUCCGGGCACGUCUGGACUGAGCAUGGCAGGAGAUUUACGUAAGAGACCUUGAAGUGAAGGAACGGACCGGUCUAAUUUUGUCUUGCCCAUUCACCUUCUGAAUGGCACACAUACACUAUCCAU